GAGAGCCGGUGGUGACUGCGGGAGUGGAGCCCCUGUGCGGUGCCCAGCAUGGACAGUUACACAGUCCUGAGAGUGAUUGGGGAGGGCUCCUUUGGCAGAGCCCUUUUGGUUCAGCAGGAGAGCAGUAAUCAGAUGUUUGCCAUGAAAGAAAUAAGGCUUCCCAAGGUCACUGCUAAAGCAAUUAGCUCAUGUUGAAAGUGUACAUGUAAUUUGUAUAGGAAAACAAGUUCUUGAAAUUUAACAUGGAAUUGCUCCUUUGUGCAAAAGAUUUAAUGGGUUUAUUCAUUAGCUUUACAAGGUCUUGAUAUAUCUUAGGUGGUUCUUAGGAUAUUGUAAUUAACAAAAAUAAUCAAGGUUUGGGUGGUGAUUGCUGUUUAUCUCAAUGUGAAUAAUUUGUAAUAAUUUCCAAUUUUGCAUACUUAAGGGUGUAGGGAAGCUGCCCAAAUGCAACUCGGGUGCCAUAUUAAUGAAAAAAGGAACAUCAACAUACAGUGAAGAGCUGAGACCUAAAAUGCUGACCUUUGGUAUCAGGGAACCUAUUCUGUGGAUUAGCGUAUAGGUUUUAUUUCCCUGUAAGAUGAGGAAAGUGCUGAUUUAUCUGUACAGUUGACCCUUGAACAACACAGGUUUGACUGCUGUGGGUCCACGUAGAUUUUUUCAAUAGUAAAUACUACAGUGCCAUGCGAUCUGAAGUUGGUUGAAUCUGUGGGUGCAGAACCGAGGAAAUGGAGGGCUUCCUCCAUACAUGGAGGGCCAGCUCUGAGUUGUACUUGGAAUUUCAACCCCGUGCAGUCAAUGCCUCUAACCUUGUUCAAGGUCAAACUGUAUUUGUCACGAUGUAACACAGUUGUCAGGUGAAAGAAGCCAUACCAUGGAGGCUGCCUAAUAAUGUUUUGAUCAACUAAAAAAAAAAUACAUUUUAAUAAAAUUCUCAGAGUAUUUUUUUCCCACUGCAAUCUUGACCUCGUUUAGUGGGCAUCAGAAUCACCUGGAGAGCUUGUUAAACCAGAUUGCUGAGCCUUAACCCCUGAGUUUCUGGUUGUGUAGUUCCUGGUGAGCCUGUGAAUUUGCAUUUUUAACAAGUUCCCAGCCGGUGGUGAUGCUGCUGGUCUGAGCCCCCUUGGGCUAGUACAUAAUCAGUUGCAGUUUCUUAAUUAUAAGUCAUUCAGGAUUUUAUCCUCAUAGAGUAAGUUAGGGGAUAAACAGUUUUGGAAACUUAUUUUGCAUAUGGUCUUUGCCCAUCCAUGCUGCUGUAAUACACGAGUAUAUAUAUUUUUCAUCUGAACCAGUGGGCUGAUAAAGUGAUGCAGACAGUAAAAACAUGAAAGCCCUAGUUUUUCUUUAAGGAGCUACUAUUGUUGAUGGCAUCCUGGCUCUCCAAGUCAGGUUAUACUUAGGCUGAUGAUAAGAGUAGUUUACAUUCUAUACUUGUAAAGAUAUAAGAGGUCAGCUUAAGCAUGCAUAUAGCCAUAGUUGAGAAAUCUGCACAUGUUUUCUCGUGGAGUUUGAUAAACUCAAUUGGUCAGAGUACAGUGCUAUGAAAUUGUGUCUAGCAUUGAAAUACCUUACAAACUACUAUAAUAUCAUUUUACUAUCAGUUUUAUUAUGAAGUAUUACAUUUACGCUUAUUUAAACUUCCUUCUAGUUUUUCUCUGACACACAGAAUUCUAGGAAGGAGGCUGUUCUGUUAGCCAAAAUGAAACACCCCAAUAUUGUUGCCUUUAAGGAAUCAUUUGAAGCGUCUUACAUUUGUUUCAGCUGAAGGACAUCUGUAUAUUGUGAUGGAGUAUUGUGAUGGAGGGGACCUGAUGCAGAAGAUUAAACAUCAGAAAGGGAAGUUGUUUCCUGAAGAUAUGAUACUUAAUUGGUUUACACAAAUGUGCCUUGGAGUAAAUCACAUUCACAAGAAACGUGUGUUACACAGAGAUAUCAAGUCCAAGAAUAUCUUCCUCACCCAAAAGGGAAAAGUAAAAUUGGGUGAUUUUGGAUCCGCCCGUCUUCUCUCCAGUCCCAUGGCAUUUGCUUGUACGUAUGUGGGAACACCUUAUUAUGUGCCCCCAGAAAUUUGGGAAAACAUGCCUUAUAACAAUAAAAGUGACAUCUGGUCCUUGGGAUGCAUUCUCUAUGAACUCUGUACCCUUAAGCAUCCAUUUCAGGCAAAUAGUUGGAAAAGUCUUAUCCUCAAAAUUUGUCAGGGGUCCAUGAGCCCACUGCCAUCCCAUUAUUCCUAUGAGCUUCAGCAUCUGAUCAAGCAGAUGUUUAAAAAGAAUCCCUCAUAUCGCCCUUCAGCUACAACUCUUCUCUCCAGAGGCUCUUUAGCUCGGCUCAUCCAGAAGUGCUUACCCCCAGAGAUCAUCACAGAAUAUGGUGAACAGGUAUUAGAAGAAACCAAAAAAUCUAUGCCUAGUACACCAAGAAAAAAGGACCCCAGCAGAAUCAGGAUAGCUUUGGAAAAUGAAGCAAGCACAGUGCAAAGGGAAGAACCAGGUGGAAAGUGUAGCCACACUGACUUAGAAAGCAUUAAUAAAAAUUCGGUUGAAAGUGCACUGAGGAGAGUAAACAGAGAAGAGAUAGCCAGUUCACCAGGUCCUCUCAGGCGACAGUGGGAGAAAAAUGUAUCCAGUACAGCUCUUACAGCGUUGGAAAAUGCAUCCUUACUCACCUCCAGUUUAACGGCAGAGGAUGUUAGAGGAUAUUUGGUUAUCACACAUCAGAGCGCUGCUCAUACAGGUGGUUCUGUAAUAAAGUACAGUGAAAAUAAUACCCGUAAGCAGUGGCUCAAAGAGACUCCUGAGACCUUGUUGAACAUUCUUAAGCAUGCUGACCUCAGCUUGGCAUUUCAAACAUACACAAUAUAUAGACCAGGUGCAGAAGCGUUCUUGAAAGGCCCCCUGUAUCAGGAAACAGAAGCAUCAGAUGAUGUUGAUGGAAGUCAUGAUUCUGUCAUUUUGGAUCCAGAGAGACUUGAACCUGGACUGGAUGAGGAGGAUACGGACUUUGAGGAAGAUGACAACUCUGACUGGGUAUCAGAACUGAGACAGCGAGCUGGCUGGCAAGGAGUGUCUGAUGGAUAACACCCAAGGAAAUGUUCCUUAGUCACACUGAGGAGACGUUUAACAUGAGGAAUUGAUAUUUGGAUAAUACUUAACUCACAGGAUGUGUAUUUUCCUUUAGAAACAGAGUGAAGAGAGGGAAACUGAAUAUUUAAAAUUAUUCCUGGUUAGUAUAAGGUAUAAAAAAUCUAGAACUCUUAUGAGUUUUUGAAUUCAGAGGAGAAGGCACAGCAGAAUGGGUAUGAGGUUUGGGCUUUGCGGUCAGAACGGAAAUUGAAUGCUACCACCUAUUGCUUGUGUGACUGUGAGAAAUUAACCCCUUUGAGCCCGAAUUUCCUCAACUACAAAAUGAGGAUAACAAUGCUUACCUCAUAGGGAUGCUGACCUUAGACCAUCACGGCAGCCCUUAAUGUUAUUAUUUCCAUUGUUAUGAUUUAUGCUUAUUUCUAUGUAGCUCUUUUUAUAUCUCUUAAAGGUUUGAGGACCUAAAUAUAUUUAAUUAUAACAUAAUAAUGCGUGUGAUUUUUCAGUAAGGCCUAUUUCUGGGUAGUGAUCAAUCAUCUUCAGUGAUCACCAACUACCAGCUGUCCUUAAAUACAGCCCCUCACAGGAUGCACAAAAGAGCCCAGGUCGGAGGAUCAGCCAUGGGAGGAGUGGGGUGGGCUACAGAACUGGUCAGAAGUUGGUGGUCCUGUAUAUGAGAAAGGAAUGGGGCCAAAGGUGAGAAGUCCAUACAGCAAGUAGCAGAAACCAGUGUUGUGGAACUAAUGGCGGGCAGGACCCCAACACGUCUGGGUUACCAUGACACACAUGUGCCGAGGCCUGUCAUUUCAUGCUGUGAUACUUUAGUGAAGGGAGACUAUUUUACUAAAGCAACUGGCUCUUCGCAGGGGAUCCCACAGGGGCAAGUGUGGGAACAGCAUAAGCCUGUCCUGGGACAGGGAACAAUGCUCAAAUAAACAAAAGGGGGAAAUAGUUGUGAGACUACAGUAGGAUCAUUAAUAAAGUUCUGCUGAAAUGUGGACUAUGUAUGUCUUUUAAAGAGUUAAACAUUUAAAAAAAAUCUUAACAUACAAAAACUGUCAUAGCUUUCACUACCCCCGCUCCCAUCCGCCAUUAUUUAUACUCAAAACAUUUGGUCAUCCUUAGUCUCCUCUGGUCUCUGAGUCUCUCCAUCUUCCCUUAUUUUUCAGAACCCUGACAUUUUUGAGGCGUACUGGUUAGAUGUUUGGUAAGAUGUCCCUCAUUUGGGGAUUGUCUGAUGUUUUUCUCAUGAUGGGACUGAGCGUGAGUGUUUGAACACCACAGACGUGAAGUGCUCUUCCCAAUACAUCCUGUCAGGGAUGUGCCAUCUCCUCACGACAUUACUGCUGUUGUUAACCUUGAUCUCUUGGCUAAGGCAGUGUCUGCCGGGGUCUCUGCUCUAAGUUCCUAAUUUUACGUUUCCAUGUUCUAGUCACUCUGAGACACUAAAUCCAGCCUAUUCUCAAGUGGAGAGGAUAUUGCCAGGUACUCGGCUUCCAUAAAUACUGUAUUUGAUACCUCUUAGACAUCUCAAAUCUUAGCACUGCCCCAGGGUGGAAACGUUUCCAAACCAACCAACACAGGGAACUUGAAACUAUGUAUAGUUACUGAGAGACUGAAUGAAUCUUGAUGGGAUGACAAAUCCUUUUGAAAGUCAGAUGGUUUGCAGGGUUUUGCUUAUAACAGAAUUUCAAGAGAUUCUAAUGGAUGAUUAGAAACCAAUUUUAGAGAUAGAUUACUGUGUAAUUCUUGACAUACAACUAGGCAAGAAUUGAGGGUCACUUUUAACAAAACUUCCAAUUCCAUUUGUUUACUUACACGAAUAAGGUUUUUCAGCACUUACAGCUUUAAAGAAAAAGAGAUUAAAAAAAAGAGGUUUGAUGAAAUAAAAUUAUUUUUAAGACAGGACAAGAAUCUUUUUUAAACAAAAUUUUCUCUCUGUCGGUUUCUACCACUACUACCCCUUUUUAGUGUGCAUUGUGCAUGUGCAUUAUACAUUAGCUAGAUCCCCUUAGAAGACACAGAAAUGCCUGCUCACGAAAAAACACAAAACAACAACCCCCCCCCAACAGCAGUUUUCUCUUGUCAGCAAGGUAACUCCUCAGGGGAUAACGUUUCUUUCUUAAUCCUGUAAGGGGUCACGAUGACCCACUACUCACCUUGCUGGACUGUGUAAACUGUCAGUAUGUUACUUUGACGUACAAUAUAACCUUUGUCUUGAAAACGUAUGUAAUUGUGCUUUGGGAGGAACAAUCCUCAGAGCUUUCUGAAAGACUGUCCCCUGGGUUAUAAUCCUCAAGUUGGCUCAAAUAAAAUUCUCCAUUUCUUUCUUAGA